AUGGCGAAUUUGCGGUUGUCUACCCGUCGCUAUGAGGUUUCAUCGAUGUCUGUUUGUUCUCUUAGCUCUGCUCGUGAUUGGAUUACACGCAGCAGAGUCGGGGUCAAUGAGUUUCCUUCGUGUGCAGUAUGGGAAAUUCUGACGAACACCGCUUGCUAUCUUUUGCUGAUUCUUCAUGGUCAGAUGGCUUGCGAUGAGCAGCUGUUUUCUGGCUGUUCGCUCAACAACACUUCGUGUUUCUGCGCUAGUAGUUCGCGUUCAACGUCGCUAUUGGACUGUGUUUCAAACAUUUGUACCACGAAGGAGUACUUUACUACAUAUAAAUUAUAUGAGAAAGAGUGUAACAUCACUCCACUUCAAGGCCCUCCCAUGAUCACUGCUUCAUCACUGAUUCCCUUCAUUUUGGCCACUUUCUUCUUCAUUGCAAGAAUCGUCGCCAAGAGCAGCGGUCUUGCGGGAGGUUGGGGCUGGGAUGAUUUCACGAUUAUUGGCGCAUUUUCAGUGAUUCGUUAUGGCUUUGGCCGAAAUAUCUGGGAUGUGCCGUUCGACGACAUCACCAAGUUCUAUCAGUACUUCCAAGGACUUGCCGUGAUGUAUAAAAUCCAAAUUUCCCUCGCAAAGAUCUCCGUGUGCCUUUUUCUCCUCCGAAUCUUCCAGACUCGCUCGUUCCGAUAUGUCGCAUACACCCUUAUUGGCGUUAACGCUGCCAUCGGCAUUACCUGGGCCUUUGUUGAUUCAUUCCGCUGCUUGCCUACGCGUCUGACGUGGACUGGAUGGACAGGCGAGGAAUCCGGAAAGUGCAUCAAUUUCAUCGUCUCUAUCUUGAUCAAUUGUCUGGUCAAUAUCUUCGUUGACGCGGUCUUGAUCCUGAUGCCGAUAUGGGAGGUGAUUAAAUUGCAGUUGCCAUUCAAAAAGAAGAUUGCCGUGGCAUUGAUGUUCCUUGUGGGAUCGGUGCUAACGAUCAUCGCCAUCAUUCGAGUUGUCGUAUUCUGGAACAAUCGCUGGGGAAUUAAUCAGACUCUCGGAUUGUAUCCUCUCAUUCAUUGGUCCGUGAUCGAGGUCCAGAUCUCUGUCAUGUGUGCCUGUCUACCUGCAUUCAGAGCGCUGGUUGGCCGCUGGUUCCCUAGUUUGAUUGGAUCUGCUCGACGAACAUACGCAUUGCACACGAUGGAGGGCUACAACAGACAUACCGGGGAGAACAGCAACAUCAACAAGUCUGUCAGCUAUUCAGUCAAUUACACUUCUCGGUCGGAGACGCACAGUGUGGUAGAGUUGGUAGACGUUGACGCGAAGCACCAGGCGUGA